AUUUCCAUGCGCUGAGUUAAUUGCCAGACCAACGCCUCGGUUAAGAGAAAUCGGGAGAGUGAUUCUGAUUUUGAUUUUCCCUCCCAUGAUCUCUCAAAAUUUGAUCUAUCUUUCAGUCACCGAUCGUUCUCGCUGGAACUCGCAUCAUGACCGUAGACGAACCGCAGAUUGUGGCCAUCAGUGUCAGCCACAAGCCACAAGUGGGAUACCUGAAGGAGGAGCCCACCUGGAUUCGUUGUCCUUCGUGUGAGAGGUCUGGAACCAGUUUGGUGCAACUGGAGUUGGUCACUUGCCUGCAGAGAUUUCUGGGAUUCACAAAACUUUGUAAAAAAUGGUCUGGCCGCCAGGACAUCAAUCACUAUUGUUCACACUGCGGUUGCUUCAUUGGAAGAUUUGUGCCUAUCAGCUGCAUGGAACGUUGCAUUUCGAGAUCAGCCCGUAAACAGGCGGCCGUGGAUGAUAUGACCCUGAAGACACGACCCAAGGAUUGCGCUGAAAGGGCCCAGAAAUCCAGGGAGAAAGUUCUGGCCAGCAGGGAGAAGAAGAGAGCAGAGAAAGCUGCCAAGGAUCUGGACAAAUCUCAAACGCAAAUAGCAGUACACCAAUAAAAAAAAGAUUAUUUACAUACUUUUCAACGAAUCUAGUACAUAUAGUAUACCCGUUUAUUCUUCGAGUAACGGGAAAACAUUUAAUAUUCCCAAAUUGUUUUUGUGCUUAUGGUUAGAUCAUAAUAAUUCACUUGUACGUGAAUAUCUUAGCUGAAUAAUUUGAUUAUCUACAGACAACUUUCCUUGGUGAAAACCAAUAAACCCAUUUGACACAUUUUAAAUACUUAGAAAAGCAAUGAUUUGUUUCACAUUGUUUCACACAUCACUGUAAGAAACCACAUAUCAAUGUUUCAAAUGUAUUUCUACAACUAGUGUAAUUCUCCUUCAUUGGAAACAUUGCAAUUCUGCGGUACUUUAGAUUAUUCCAAUCAGAUUUCUGGGAAAAAAUAUAGUAAAAUGAAAUCUAUACAUGCAAUUA